AUGCAAUUCGCCAAGUCCCUCAUGCUGCUCGCAGCCCUCACCACCGGCACCCUGGCCAGACCCGCCAUCGAGCGCCGCCAGGCCACCGCAACCUCGGCCGCCAGCGGCAGUAGCUGGACCGCCACACCCUCUAGCGGCUCAUACUCUACCGCUGGAUUCGGCAGCUCUACCAGCUCAUCAGGCUCAGGCGCAACAUACGAAGGCAACGUGGGCAAUCCCUACGGCAGCAACAUCAUCGCCGUUGACGCCUCGUCCGCCAGCAACUACAAGUACGUGGCGCAGUUCACUGGCUCGAACACCGAGGACUGGACCGUUGCCAUCUUCAACAAGUACGGCCCUGAUGGCGGAAUGACAGGCUGGUACGGUAACGCCUGUAACACUUUCACUCUUGCCGCCGGCGAGACCAAGUACAUUGCCUUCGAUGAGGACUCCAAUGGUGGCUGGGCCGCCGCCGCCGGAUCCACCAUCCCCACCGAUACCCUGGGUGGCUACGCUUCCACCUGGGGCGAGUUCGACUUCGGUUCCACCACCAACAAUGGCUGGUCUGGCUUCGAUGUGUCGGUUAUUGCUGCGCAGAAUGCCGGCAUGUCCAUCUCUGGUAUGCAGAUCUGUGAUGCCCUUGGCUCUGUUUGCUCUUCUGUCACCCAGGAUGCCGCUACGGUCAACAACGCUUACACCUCCGCUGAGACUGAUGUCGGUGGCAUUGGUGGCAACUUGUCCUCUGGCCCCGUUCGUCUGGCUGUUACUAUUGAUUACAGCGGAUAA